GACUAAACUUAACAAACAAGCUCGGUCUCAUUCUUGCUAGAAAAACAAAAACCAAAGCUACUACAAUAUUCAUUCUAAUUUCAAUGGCAUCGAGGCAACCACCUCCAAGACACGUUGAAGAACUUAACAGAACAACAGAGCACGAUCUGAAUGCCACUGCUUCAGAUGAAGAAAAGCGCGGUGUAAUUGGUUCAGUCAUAAAAACCGUCAAAGACACCUACGAGAAUGCAAGAGAAUCCAUAGUUGGCAAAAGAGAUCCAGCAGACAAUUCCCACACUACAACACAAGUAGUCCAUGUUUACGAUCACAAUGAUGGUGUCUCAACUGGUGAAGUUAGAGACAUAUCAGCCAACAAAUCAUGCGGAAUCUAUGAUUCCGCAACUCAGAAGAGUAAUGAGUAUGCAGAUUAUGCGGGAGAGAAAGCGAAAGAAGCUAAGGAGAAAGCAGGGGAGUAUAAAGACUGUGCUGUGGAGAAAGCAAGGGAAGGGAAAGAUGCUACGGUGAAUAAGUUGGGUGAGUAUAAGGAUUGUACAGCUGAGAAGGCUAAAGAAGGAAAAGACACUGCUGUUGAUGCGGCCAAAAGGGCUAUGGGUUACUUGGGUGACAAGAAAGAGGAAACUAAAGAGAAGACUGCAGAGACUGCUGAAGCAGCUAAACAGAAAACGGUUGAGGCCAAAGAUAAGACCAAGGAGAUGCUGAGUGGAGGAGAUGAAGAGGCAAGGAAGAAAGUGGAAGGGGAAAAUGUGAAAGAUGAAGUAUUUGGAGGGAAAACAUGGAGGCGUGGAAAUGAAGGUGUGAUAAAAACUGAAGAUACUCCAACAGGAGCUGUGGCUGAAAAGCUGAAAGCUUCUGAUCAGAUGACGGGUCAGACAUUCAAUGACGUGGGACCUUUGGAUGAUGAAGGGGUCACUCGUGUUGGUCUCCUUGAUAUUAAAAAGUGAUGUACAGAUGAAUAUCGAGGGUGACUUGUUUGUUUUGUUUUUGUUGGCUUGUUUAGUUUAAUAUCCAAAACAUUAUACUACCAUUCGGUUCUCUUCAAAAAAUGUGUCUAAUCUUUCCUCAAUGAGGAGGACCUCAACUUAAAAAUGUUUGUUUCUUUGCGUGGGGAAUGAA